AUGGUCAAAGUAGCAAUUUUAGGUUGUGGUAAUAUAGGAUUCUUCUUAGCUGCCAAAAUCCUUCAUCAUUAUCAUCCAGUUUCAAAUAAAAAAACAAAUGUGAAUGAAAAGGUUGAAUUAUUAUUAGUUGGUAGACAAAGGUUACUCGAUGACUUAAAUGUAUCGGAAAGAAUAUUAUUAACAACUUUAGAUGGAUCAAAAAUUGUGAUUCCAAAAGAUCAUGUCAAUUACGUUACUGAUGCAAAAAAGUUAAUCGAAUUUCAACCUGAUUAUGUGCUUGUAACGUUGAAAAUAGUAUCAAUUCAAAAUGGUGUUCGAAAUUAUGACUUAAUCCAAAAAAACUUUCCCAACUCCCAAGUAAUAGGUGGAAUGAUAGUUCAAAACAUAAAUUAUACCUCUCAUUGUAACUUCACUCAAAGUUCCGAUGGUGUUAUUUUCAUUCAAUCAACUCCCUCUACGCAUUCGCUUAGUUCCAUCUUAUCUAACUCUGGUGUCAAUCUUAUAAUCACCUCCAACAUAAAAAGCGUUCAAUAUGGUAAACUAUUACUAAACUUAGGAAAUGCUAUAACUGCAUUAAGCGGUUCUGCUGAACUGGUUCUUAAAUCUGAAACUUAUCGUCGUAUACUUGCCAUGUGUCAAUGGGAGGCUAUGGAAAUGCUUGAUUACUCGGAAAUUCCAUUUACUUCUUUUAAUCGCUUGAUGCCCAUAAGGUUCAUGCCUUAUGUUUUAUACGCUCCAGAUUUAUUGGCUGAUUUUUUCAUUACCAAAGUUCUCAAAAUGGAUGUUAAAACUAUGACUCCUUCGAUGCUUCAGGACUUUAGAUCAGGUAGAAAAACUGAAAUUGUUGAAUUACAAGGUGAAAUUGUUAGAUUAGGUGAAAUUAUUAGGAAUGAUAUAAAUGAUUCCGCAAUUAUCAUGGAUGGUGUUAAAGCUGGUGGUUGUGAUCAUUCUCUAACUCCAUAUAAUGAUGGUAUUUUAGAGUUGGUAGAGUUGGUAGAAGAAUGGAUGGAUGUGCAUAAAGAAGGUUGGAAAGUCUGUAUUGCGGCAGAUGAGAAUGGAUAUACAAACACAAGUCCCUAUUAG